AUUGACCUACUUUUUGUGAUUAGCUUGCCUUUUAAGCACUCCUUUCUCUAUUGUUAUUUCUUCUUUCUCCUCCAUUUUGAAACUCCCCUUUAGCUAUCUCUAAACCUCUACCUUUGAUCUAGACAACCUACUAGCAUGCUUGAAUGUCCAGAGACAGGGAGAGAUUUGAAGAGAUAGGAAAGAGGAUCAAGAGGGAAAGCGAUGCAUCUUCUCUAAUGAGAAGGAGACAAAUGUUAGGUCCUCCUGGAAUCUUGAAUACUGUUACACCGUGCGCUGCAUGUAAGCUUUUAAGGAGAAGAUGUGCUGAAGAGUGCCCUUUUUCUCCAUAUUUUUCUCCACUUGAACCCCAAAAAUUUGCAGCUGUUCACAAAGUCUUUGGUGCAAGCAAUGUCUCCAAGCUGCUUAUGGAGGUGCCUGAAAGUCAAAGAGCUGAUGCAGCAAAUAGUCUAGUUUAUGAAGCAAACCUGAGGCUAAGAGAUCCUGUCUAUGGCUCUAUGGGUGCAAUUUCAGCCUUACAACAACAAAUUCAAUUAUUACAAGCUGAGCUUAGUGCAACAAGGGCUGAUAUACUCAACUACAAAUACAGAGAAGCUGCUGCUAGUAACAUCAUUUCUUCUACUCAUGCUGCUUUAGUUUCUUCUGCAACCGCGUCCAUUUCAGCACCGUCACAAACUCUUGCUCCCCCUCCUCCCACCCCACCACCUCUUUCUGUUGUUGUUUCUUUAUCUACAUCUUCUCCUUCUCUAUAUACACCACCAACUAGCACAUCAGGUUAUAGCACUAUUUCUAGUGAUAAUAAUGUCCCAUAUUUUGAUUAAUUUUACCAUAGACCAUAGUCAAUUUUUCGACAUUUUCCAUUGCACUUGGUAUAAUAAUGUUGUCUAAUAGAGUAGCAAGAUGGUUGUCUUAAUUUUAUUAUAGACCGUAGUCAAUUUUUCUACAUUUUCUAUUGCAUUUGAUAUACUAAUGCUGUCUAAUAGAGUGGCAAGAUGGUUGUCUGAUAUUGUUCUAUUGUAACUUUCUAUAAAGAUGGAGAAACCAUGGGAGAAGAAGGAGAUCAUAAAUUAGAUCGAUCGGGGCCUUAAAUCAAAAUCCUAGUUAAAUUUAGUUUUUGGAAUUGAAAUUUCGUUUCUACUUCAUCACAUUGUUGCCUUGUUCUAGGGUCUCAAAUUUCAUGUCUACAAACGUUUUUAUGCCUCUGCCUGGAAACUUCUUUAUCUUCUCGUCUCUUCUUUCUAGGGUGAAGGAAAACUGAACCUUCCAGCCCAUGUGUUUACAUGUUUUUCUGUGCCAUUAAAGGUCCUGAAAUCUUGUUUAGGGACGUGGGGGAGACAAAAGGUACGGCGGGCUGUGAUUCUUCCCAUGUAAAAAUUAAAGUCAUGAUUCAUUAUUGAAUUCGAGGGGUCAGAUUUUACUGCAUGACUCUUCAGGUUCCUUUAUCAAAUAGCCUUUUUCAAUUAA